AAUUGCAUAUAUAAAAAAAUAAAUUACGAGAUGAUUGUUUUUUUGGCAAAAAUAAUGUCACUGCAUGUGCGAUUUUUCGGUUCAAACGGAAUUAUCCUAGUGGAAGAAUAACUUAAAUUAAUGAUUACGUUUUGUCCAGUGACUCGACGACAUCUAAUGGUUAAUUCGCAAGUGUUGAAAAAAAAAAGACAAGUAUUAUUAUCCUAUUGUUGCGGGACGAAUGUAGCCAACAUGUCCGCUUUGCGAAUUGGCGUCUUCCUCCGUUUUUUGUUUACCAAAGUAAUUAUUCCGUCAACUAGUUAAUAAAAUUUUGGUUAAAUGGUGCAAAGUUUAGUGUCAACGAAUAUUCAACGAUGCAACGAUGUUCCUGGUUAAUGACGAGUGCUCCGUAAAACACGAGUUCUCGUGGUUAUAACAGACGAUUGAAAAUGUCGGAAUCUGAGCUCUGCCGGCUCUGUGCCGAAACCAAGGACGAGCUUAUCGGAAUUUAUGAUGCAGAGGGACAGAAGCUUGCAAUUGAGGGAAAAAUUGCUAAAUGUUUGCAAAUUCAGGUAGUAAUAACGGACAAUCUGCCUCUUUCCGUGUGUUUCGAUUGUUGCGUGCUAUUGAAUCAGUGUAAUGAUUUUUACGAAAAGACGAAUCAAGCUCAAAGCUCUCUUCGCCAAUUACUCACAGAACCAAAAAGCGAAGCCCUUGCUGCACUCGAGCCAAAUAUUGAGUACAUUGAAAAAACUGUUGAAUAUCCAAAAGUUGAAUCGGAAGAGGUCGUUGAGGAAUUUUCUCCCUCGGACAACUAUGUCACUGAAACGGUUGAGGACAUGGGAGAUGAAUAUUUCCAUGAUGAAAAUGAAGACAGCGAAGCUGAUGAAAAGUAUAAGGAUUUGCAAGAAAACUCCAAGAAAAAAUAUAAAAACGAGGAGAAAAAAGGAUCGGGCAAACAAACCAAGAAAAAGUUGAAAAAACGAUCACAAUCAAGAAAAAUGUCUAAUUCUGACAUUGGUGCUACAAAUUCUGAAAAUGAUGAAUAUCAAAGUGAAAUUGGAAAUUCCAACGAAUAUCCUGUGUCUAAGGCUGGUGUUAAGAUUCCCGACAAUUAUAUGACAGGCACGGAUUCCGACAUGGAAAUGAUCGAAGCUCGAGCUGCAGAACCUACGAAACCCGGUAGAAAACGGGGCGAGGGUUUAACUCGAAAUCCCUGGUUGUGUACUGACUGCAACGACAAAAUGCCGAGUCUCGAGAUGCUCGAGGAACAUCACGAGACUGUGCACAAUCAACAGGCCAAAUACAUGUGUGUCCAAUGUUGUAAAAUUUUUGACAAGUAUUAUGGAUUUCUUAUACACGUCAACAGGCACAAAAAUAAAUCUAAAUUCAGCUGCGACGAAUGUGGCAAAUCUUUCGUACAUAAGAAAGUCCUAGAUUCUCACAAAGCGGUGCACAGCGAAGAACGCCCUCACGUAUGUCAAACUUGUGGCAAAGCUUUCAGGCAACAAAGUGCAUUGUACAUUCACGGUCGUUGUCAUUUGCCAGAGACAAUGAAGAAUCGUUUUCCUUGCGAUCAAUGCGAUAAGAGAUUUUCUACUAAACCAAAUCUCGUGACUCAUCAACGAAUUCAUUCGGGAGUAAGAAAUUUCACCUGUGACCAGUGUGGCAAAAGCUUCAUACAAAAAGGAAAUCUUGAGGCACAUUUCCUUACACACUCCGCCGACAAACCCUACACCUGUUCACAGUGUCCAAAAGCUUUCAAAACGCCUCUUCAAUUAAAGAAACACGAAACGGUGCAUACGGGAGCGAAACCUCAUCAGUGUGCUGUUUGCGGACGAACUUUCCGGGAAAAAGGAACGCUCAGAGAACACCACAGGAUUCACACAGGUGCCAUGCCUUUCACCUGUGAAUUUUGUGGAAAAUGCUUCCGGUUCAAAGGGAUAUUAACCACUCAUAGGAGACAACACACCGGUGAAAGGCCUUACAGUUGUUUGGAUUGUCAACAUCAUUUCACUAACUGGCCUAAUUAUAACAAACAUAUGAAACGACGUCAUGGAAUUAAUACAUCACAUACAAAGUACGUUCCGCAGCCACAGCAACAAUCACAAACGCAACAACAAAACGAAUCAGAGAGUUCGAGUGCUUUGCCUCGACAGACGCCGGCUACGAUUCAGGUGAUUCAGGCGGUGCCUCAUGCUUCGAUAUCGCAGCCAAUAGUUGUGCAAUCUGUACCAACGACAACUUCGUUCCCAACAGAAGUGCCGGUUACUGGUCAAGAUACAGCAUUCCGUGAGCGAAACACAACGACCUUUUUCAACACCGUACCGUUGCAAAAUUUGUUACCGGGUAAUUUGCCACAUUACAAUUUUUACAACAUUUCGAACGUGACUGAGAGCGAUAUUAUUCAGCACAGGUAAAAAAACUACUAUUCUCCUGGAUAAUUGUUAAUGGAGUUUUAUACGAAGUUAAGACGAAUUUCGAAAUAUUUCGAAAUACGACGAAUUCGUCAUCGUCGAAGCCUUCGUUAACGGUGUAUUAUACAUUUGCGAUCACUUCAAAUUAUUAUCAGCUCUUGACAAUAGCAAAUUAUUUUUAUAAAUCUGUCUAUAAUAUUACGAUUUACAUUAUCGUAUUCAACAUAAUCAUUCGUCGAUAGUCCCGUAAAUUUUUAUAAGGCAGAUACGCUACCCAUGCUUUUUCAUUCGAAUUCAUUUUUUUUAACAAUUUUGGUAUAUCUGAAGUAGAUUUUUUUCGCGUCAUAUCAGUGAAGUUAUUAGCACUAUUUCGGCCGAGUAAAAACUCAUUUUUUCGUUUCAGAUCUGUGUCAUAACAAUAAGUUCAAAAUAUUUUUUAAAACAUAUUUUUAUGUUGUUGAGUUAUUGUAUUUUCAUAUGAUUCAAGUGAUCAUAAUAUUUGUUUGUAUGAAUCAACGUUACUGUUAGUUUCUUGCAAAGUUUCCAACAACUUUUUGUCGCUAUACCAAAUUCCAUGAUUCAUCAGUAACUGAAAAGCCCUUUUUUAAAGUCGUUAAAUUCAGAAUAAUUGAAGUACGCAUUACAGUACUUGAGUUUCUUCGUGGAAUAUGUAUUUUUCUGAAUCUUUCUCUUGACAUCGAAAAUCGAAAAAUAGAUUUUCCUAACACUGCAGGCUGAUUUGAAAUUGAAGAUUCUGUCACUAGCAAAAAUCGGCUGAAAUGGAUAAGAGAGCCUCGUAAACAUUUAAAACCAGUAAAAGUACUUUGUGUAUCUGAAAUUCGUCAUAAAUUGUUUGUUCAUCGAGAGCAUUGUACAUACGAAAUUUUUGUUUCGGGUAGAAAAUUUUAUCGCGUUAUAGUAUUGAGAAACUCAAAUAUUUAAUCGAAAAAAAAAUGUUACAAAUCCUCCUACCAAAACUGCCAUUUGCAAACAUUGUCGUUUGAGAUUUGAACCGAGAAAACCUCCCUCCGUUCAUUGAUCCUUUGCUCAUCAUAAUCACAAUCGCUCAUAACGAAAAAGAAAUGGAAAAAAUUCCUCGCAAAAAGAUGUAUAAAAAAGCCGAGUCGCGUGCAAUUUACAAGCAGCAGCCGAAACAGAACUGAUAAUCGUGGUUGUACCGGUGCAUCAUGUAAUGUAUAUUUGAAUUUUAUUCGUACAUAUUGAAACAACGAAAAGUAAGAAAGAACAUGCGAUUCGAAAUUCGUGCAUCAUAUUCAUCCAGCGAAGAAACGAGAAGAAAAAACAAUAAACGUCAUUUACACUGUACUCACUUUUAGCUGUAGGACUUAUUACGUACGUAUUGUUAUAAUUAUUAUUAUCAUGUUUUACUGUACAUCAGACUCUGAAAGUUGAAUGAAUUUUCUUUAUGAAAAUA